AUGGAACAAAUUUUUUAAAUAAUAAUUUACACCUUUUCAUUUUAAAUAUUAUUCUUUAAAGAAAAUGAGAAAGUUGAAAUCGAAACAUUGUAAUAUUUGUUAUAGCGAUUCACCAAAAUUCCCUUCUCCAAUUACUUCAAAAUGUACUCAUAGUGUACUUGCUUGCACUAGUUGUUUUGAGAAGCAUAUCGAAUCUCAAAUUGAAAAAGGUAUUUUACAAAAUAUUAAAUGUUUACAAUGUGACGAAAUUUUGGAUUAUCACGAUAUUAAAAGAAUCGUAAAUAACGAACUCUUUCAGCGCUAUGAUGUCGCGCUUUUACGUCAUACCCUCCGUCAGAUGAAAGAUUUUCGUUGGUGUAAAAGAACAAACUGCGGAUGGGGUCAAAUCCAUAAUGGUGGAGAUGACGCUCCAAUUGUCACUUGUAAAGCGUGUGGGGCAAAAUCUUGCUUCACUCAUGAUGUACCUUGGCAUGAAGAUUCGAGUUGUUCUAAAUUCGCUGAACAACUUUUAAGAGAUACUGCAGCGAAUCAAGCUUAUUAUGAUAGACAUACAAAAAAUUGUCCAAAAUGUAAAAUGCCUAUUGAAAAAAAUGAUGGAUGUGAACAUAUGACCUGUUUCUGUGGCUAUGAGUUUUGCUGGCUCUGCUUGGCAGAUUAUAAUUUGAUUAGAAAUGAAGGAAAUCAUCGUCAUGAAAGAACUUGUCAACAUCAUCAUGAUAACUUGAGCUCUAUCGAUCCAUAUGAUGGAAUGGUACCCAACGAUUUUCGAGCAUAUGUUCUACCAUCCUUUUCAUCUUCAGAAGCGCCUGAAAGAUCUUCAGAAAAUGAUGAAAUUGUUAAUGUCGCUGAAAGACUUAGAGUACAAAUGAUUUCUGGACGUUAAAUAUUACUUUGCAGGCAUGUCGAAUAUAAAUUUUCUUCUUUUCCUUUUUUUUAUGUUAUUUUUUUUAUGAAUUGUAACCGAGUGUUUAUAUUUUUGAAUUUUACGAAUUUGUAAUUUAUUUUUACUUUGAAAUAUAAAUAAAUGAGCCAUUGUUAAGAAAAACUUGGUCGAGAAAAUUUCUCUCGCUAUU